CCGGCAUGCGUCAAUCAAAGUUUGUGGUUAUUAACUAUCAAAGUUACCACAAUACGAAAUAUAUUUAACUUAUUCAUUCAAGAUAGUUUGUUCGGCAAAUAAGCAAUAAAAAUGUUGCACUAUAUAAUAAACGUUUUCGUGUUCAUUGUGAUGAUAAUAGAAAUCAAAGGGGAUUCGUACUACAAUGAAAUCAUGGAAAGUGGUUGUUACAAUCAAAUCUGCUGGAAGGACGACACCUAUCCAACCAAUACAAUAAAGAGACAAAUGAGGUCCAUCAACCUAUUGGAAAAUUUUUCGGCAGCGCAAAAGUUCAAGGGACCCAUUGACUUAUCAUCCAGAUCGUGCAAAUUGUGCUCGACUUCUAUGAAUUUGAGGAUAGAGCCACUAUCGAUCAUAGACGCUGGCAUCAAAUAUUAUAUUUUGAAGAAUGAAAAAUACAAUGAAACAAGAAUUGAAAUCAAUGUUUGCGCUGCAAAUCAAGAUUCAUCAUUCUGCCACAAGAAGGAAACAAGGCUAGACGAUACAUAUAAGUGUAAGCAAAAAACGACCCAGAUGAGCGUCCUGGUAUAUAACUCAUUGAACAAUUCGUUCAUGGGAAAAAGUUUCACCUACCCCAGUGCUUGUGAAUGUCUUCUUAGUACUGCAAUAUCUUAUCAUUGAGCGAAACAACCAUGUUAUAUACUAUCAAUGUUCGUGAAUAUUAUAAUAGGUAUAGUAACAUUGUAAAACUGGCCAUCGAAUAGCUGAAUACUAUGAAUGAAUAGUUUUUUAAUAAUCCUGUGUAUAUGGGGUAUAACGGUAGUCCCAGAUCUAUUUAUACCGUCAAUAUCCUAUUCAUGCUGUAAACAAUUUGAAAAAGAAUAACACGCUUGUCAGAUUCACAAGACUUUAAAGUCAUUGUGUCAAAGUCAACUUUGGUCAAACUGCACCUGAAAUGCCACACCUAAAGGCUGAGACACAAUUGAAGUUUUAUGUUAUAAGUUUCAAGUUUUAUGAUUUGAGAUAUAAGUAUAUUAAAAUGAACACACAGGUAUUUGUGUCGAAAGACAGAAUACACAUUUAUGAAUUAGGAAAUAAGUUUCAUGUUUUAAAAUACGGACGUGAUGGUUUUUAUGAUUUAAAAUUUAGAAACCCAACCAAUCACAGCAACCCUUUUCCACAUGGAACUAUUUCUGAAUUUCUGUGCAGCUGUAUGAUGCAUGAUGCAUGCCACAUAACCUCAAAACAAAAACAUCAAAGAUCCAUUUUUGAAAAAGUUUUGAAGGAAAACGUUGAUUAUAAGUAUAUAUAAAAACAUGACACAUUUUCAUGAUUAUACGAAUUUAGAUUAUUCGGACAUGAUCUUAUUAGAAAAUGAAACUGAUACUGAAAUAACUGAAUGUCCUGACGAAAAUACACAAAGUGAAGAAGAAAAUGAUAGUGUAUAAAUAGUUCAGAUGAACUCUUGAUUCAGGUCAGGUGGUUGGAUCAUACA